GGCAGCGAGAAGUUUUACAGGAGUCACAAUUCAAAUCUCUGGAACAGUCGCGAAGUCGAGAAGAAAGACGUGAGGAAUAUGGCACGCCACCGAGCAACUCAAGGGCUCACAUCGAUUCCGGACAGGGCAGGGGACGACAGGCAGUGGAGAAGGUCGGGGAUCGACGUGGGAAUUCUCAGAAUAUCCACACGACUGACCUCAGUUAGCUCUUUGUGGGGUAGUUAAAAUGACAUAACGGCCCCGACCCCCAAUAAGCCUUUUUGUUGCCCAAACUAUCCAAAGCUAGGUCCCGAGACAUUAAAAUAUUAAUAUAAUAUUUGUUGCAGAACUAGUUCAACAUCUUCAGGUAUUCAGGAGGCCAAGGAAAUUGCAGAUCGUUUGUAGAGUUGGAUGGAAGCGAUGGUGGUCAGACGGGAAGAAACUGAGGAAAUCGAGAAGACAUGUUCGUGUGGGGUAACUGACGAAUACAAGUUACCAGGAUCGAGUCACGUUGGUUUAUCAUUUGUGUUCACUGUAACUAACCAUAAGUACUUUCGGUCCGUCCCUUUUCGUUUUUCAGCACGUACUUCAGCACAGCUCAUGCGACGUCCAACAAGCUCAGCACGUUCAACAAGUUCAACAACAUCAGCAGCUUCUGCAGCACAUUCAACGUUACAACGACGUUAUCGACAUCGAACGAUCGGGCAGACGACUUAAUAAAUUUCCCCAAUUUUCACUGUUCGUGGCCCUCCUAUCGUUCAAGUUGGGAGCCUGGCGCCCAACUGCCCCUAAUUUCUUACAUCUGUCACGACCUGUACUACACGCAAAACCCUGUACUACACGCAAAGCCCAUAAAUCUGUAACUCAAUUAUCUCUGUUUCUCGUUUUUCUCAUGUCUCUCGAGCGAAGCUAG